UCAUUUUUAAUACGAGGGAGGGGGUUCCCAGAAAAUACCUCCUCUUGCUGUUCCUCAUCUCGAUCUCGUGAAUAUCAAACACUCGCCGUCUCCAUAUUGCAAGCAGAGAUCAGAAAACACGGGGAAAAAAUGAAGAGGCUAUUUUUAACGGUCGGUUAAGCGUGCCGAUGUCGGGUUUCUCCUUGCUAGCUUCGGGAGUUUAAACGCAAGCGUUGAGACAUUGCGAGGGCUAUUUAUUAAGGCCACAUUUGCAGGUUUCAUGGUCAGCUCGCUAAAGCUAUCUGAUUUGAGCAAUCCAGACUCCAUUUACUUGUUAGCCGUUCGGCGCAGGCGAAAUUUAUUUUUGUUAUGCGCAUCACUGUGGGCUAAUUGAUCAAAUGUGCAUCCGCGACGCGUAUUUUAAUGCAACAAAACGCAAAGAUUAGUGUUCGGGUGCAGUCCGUUCACCCACGCUAGCCCGAUCGACAGCAGUCUGCCUGGAGAUCUGCCAUUAACUCGACUUGACUAGCUGUUAGCACAAUCUCAAACACGGACACGGCCAAAACUCGCUGGGAAAAGGAGCUAACAUUUCGUUUCCAUGGACAACACGUCCAUAAUAACGCAGGUUACGAACCCCAAGGAGGAGGAGAUACUGUCGUCAAAUGCUGAGAAAGUUUCGCUGUCCAACUGCAGUCUGAAGAAGAAGAGGACUCGCAGCAUCUUCAGCUCAUUGUUCUGCUGUCUGAGGAGUUACGAUGCCGAGCCACCCACCACCCCCAACAACAACAGCAGCCCUCUUCCCCCACCUGUGGAGGAAAACGGAGCUCCACCAAAGUGUGACCAGGUUGAGGUCAUCCCUAUCCCCGGUCCUCCAGAGAAGUACCUCCUCCCAGAGGUUAACAUAAACGACUAUGGAAAGAAGUGUGUGGUAAUAGACCUGGAUGAGACUCUGGUGCACAGCUCGUUUAAGCCCAUUAGCAAUGCUGAUUUCAUUGUCCCAGUGGAGAUAGACGGCACAGUGCAUCAGGUGUAUGUGCUCAAAAGACCUCAUGUGGAUGAGUUCCUGCAGAAAAUGGGCGAGCUGUUUGAAUGUGUGCUUUUCACGGCCAGUCUAGCAAAGUAUGCUGACCCAGUGGCUGACCUUCUGGACCAGUGGGGUGUGUUUCGGGCACGACUCUUCCGGGAAUCCUGUGUUUUCCACAGAGGGAACUAUGUCAAAGACCUUAGUCGGCUAGGGAGAGAGCUCAGGAAUGUAAUCAUUGUGGACAACUCCCCUGCUUCCUACAUUUUCCAUCCUGAAAAUGCUGUGCCGGUGCAGUCAUGGUUUGAUGACAUGAAUGACACAGAGCUCCUGGACCUGCUGCCUUUCUUUGAGGGACUGAGCAAAGAGGAAGACGUGUAUGGAGUGCUGCAGAACCUUAGGGGCAGGUAGCAGGCUGAGCUGCACCACCUGAUGAGGGGCCAUUGGAGUCCUCCGGUGGAGAUCAGAGGAGCAGCUCGUCUCCUCCAUCCUGCAGCUACCACCAGUCCUCACCUCACAGUACAGGAGAAUGACACCACCAGGACACACAGUGAAAUAAACAGACAUUUUUAACAUUUUAAAGGACUCUGAAAUAUUUCUCUUUUGAAAAGUGCUUAUGAGAAACCAAAAAGAAAUAUUACCUUUAUUCCCUUUUUCAAAUGAAAAUAUUCUAGUCAGAACCAUUCUUUGAGGUGUUGCUAUGCAGGUAGAAAUAUGUAGGGUUAAAGGACUGUGGGGUUUCCUCUCCAACCCAACAAAGUGCCUUUUUUGAAUGUCAUUUUUACAGGGGGAAAACUAACAUUUUGUACACAACUUAUUUCCAGAGAACCUAAUCUUUACAAGAAUGAUAUGCUUUAAAAUAGAGGCUGGUCAGACUCUUUUUAUAAAAGCACUGUUAAAAGAGGCCAGAGAUUUUUAAUUAUGUAAAGCUGGGUAAAUGUCUCCAUCUUUAUUCUUGUUGUGCUUUUUUUCCCUUUUCAUUUUGCUUUAGCUUGUGCCAUUAUAUAGAUCGAUUAUCUAGACUUGUAUAUGUUUACUUUUUGUUUUCUAAGAGCAAAGGAAUGCAUUUGCACUUGAUAGGUUACUCUUCUUGUACACUAUGGCCUCUCUUGCUAUACAGACUAGUAGUAAACAAUCUUAAGUGGAAGAUUGUAUUGUGCCAAUCAUUAUUAGUUAUUGUUUUUGUUCUCAGCAAACAGGCCCAACUGAAUUGACUGUUAAAUUAUACAGCAAAUAUUGGUACUUUUAAUUGAUGUGCAGACAAAUAUUUAGACAUUUCAAAAUUAAUCCAGAGAAGUUGCCAAGUGACUCUACAAGAUAGAAUUUUAGUCAUUAGUAUUUCUUUAAACUUGGUCUGAAUGCCUUUGGUGAAAUAGCAUAGACACUGCAGUUGUUCCCCCUUUUGUAGUAUUCCUAAAGGGAAGUGUCCUUUUAUAGGCGUCAGGAUGCACAAUUGCAAAUGUAUCCCUUUUAUUAUUUUUUUUUUUCUCAUUGUUUGAUUUGUGUAGUAUUGAAAAUUGGUACAGGUCCAACAUCUUUAUAAGACUGAUCUUAUUUUUAAUUAGUUUCAGCUUGUUUUAGACCAUACCCUGCUGCUGCUACCACUGUACACUACACUACAAAAGACCUCCCUGUAGGGUACAAACAGUACCAGCCCAGGGACAAGAGACUGUGCAGCUUGUGCUAGAGCAUAAUCCACGGCACUACGGAACUAACAUGGCUCAGAAUCGACAAGUUUAAAGGGAUAGUUCACCCAAAAAUGUCACAAAAAAAAAAGAGAAAAAAAGAGAAAAAAAACAAAGUCAUCAUUUACUCACCCUCGUGUUGUUCCAAACUUGCAUGACUUCCGUUUUUCUGUGGAACACAAAAAGAUGAUGUUAGGCAGAAUGUUAGCCUCAGUCACCAUUUGCUUUCAUUGUAUGCAAACAAGAUGCAAUGAAAAUGAAUAGUUACUGAUACAUACAUUCUGCCUAACAUCUACUUUUGCAUUCCAUGUAGGAAAGAACGUCAUCCAGGUUUUGGAACAACAUGAAUGAGCGAGUGAAUGAUGACAAUGUUCUAUUCCUUUGAGUUUGUAUGGCCUUCAUCAAAAUGGGUUGAUUUUUGGUGAGACCCACAAAACUGAUAUUGUGCUUGCAGCAUUGCCCUUAUGUAGAGCUGUCCCUUGUGAUUGUGGGUCUGAUUGUUGUUGAAGUAGUGUGCAAGCUGUGCAGACUCUCCAUCACCACAGUGCCUAAGAUGAGAGGAGCAGCACCUGCAUUUCCCGAUCUGCUGCUGAGCAGGCAAUAGCCUCUCACUGCCCAGAGUCCGCCACUUCAUAGUUAAUUUCACUACGAGUUGUCAUUUAUUUUUCUUUUGUCCACUUUUUUCAGUCUUUCAUCGUCUACCUCUCUCCAUCUCUCUUUAUCCUGCUCCACAGCAGGCAACAGAGAGCAAUUCAUUCUUAACUUUAUGGUCUUCUGUCAGUAUUUGAGAUAUAUGUAUUCGUAUGUUAUCCCGCAGCUGCUGUUUUCUGCUUGUUUGAGUGCUGCAGAGCCUCUCCUUCUAUUGACUAUUUGCUGAAGUUUACACCUUAAAGCAACCCAGAUAUUUGGCUUCGAAGUACUUGAUUUCUAGUGUUGGAAAAUAUGCUUGGAUUUUUUAAACACAAUGCGUUUCACAUUUCAUUGUUUUAUGACACAUUUGACUGCAGGUGAUCUGACAGUUGAAACACUGUUGGUUUUGGUCACGGUUGUGGUAUUUUCCAUUUGAUCUCCAUGUGUUUUCACUUCUAAACUGUCUGGUUCUUUGUUUCAAUACACAUUGUCUAUUUGAGAAUUUGCCUUAUUUUCUUUUUUUAAUAUUUUUGCAGUAAGCCAUAUAGAAACUUUAAAGUAAUUGGAUUUACUCGGGUUUGAAAUCAGUUCGGAGAGGCUGUACAGUGCUAAUGUUUGGAUUAUAUUUCAAGUUGAAUUCAUUCAUGGUUAUCGCAAGUUUUCUUCCGGACUCUGACGUGUUAUAUUAAAGCACCUUUUUAAAAAAGAAAAUGACUUUUAUUUGAUUUGCUGCUAUGUACUAAGUUUUCUUUAACCCUUAUAUGUGUUCCGGUCAAAGCAAACAGAUAUACUUUAUGAAAAUUUUAGUUAAUUUUACCAGUUAGAAUAAAAUUCCAUGACUUUGUUCACACAGGGCAUCUGAACACCAUUUUUUUUUUUUUUUUAGAUAAUUUUCAUAAAAUAUUCUGUUAUUCUAGUUUUAUUUCACUUUGUUACACCUGUGGUGUUCCUGUUCUGAAAUGACUGGCCAUUGGAAAUGAAUGGAUUAGACUACAAAUUACAGAAAUAUUAAGUGUUCAGGAGCAUCCCAGUCCUUUAGAUGAGCACAUAUGUUUAUAUGUGUUUGCACACACAAAAUCCUCAGACAUGUACACACACACACAAAUACAACUUGUUUUGAGGGCCCUUUUGUGUAUUGUCUUUUUAUAUACACUCUAUAAGGAAUAUUUCAAGAUCUACUUAUAAAGUUGUGUUUGGGCUUGUUUGAAUCGGGAUAGUCUGUUGUAAGUUGCAAUAUGUUAUUUUCUAUGUCAUAUGUAUGUUUCAGGUAUUAUUAAGGAAAAACGUGACAAAAAGACACUCCUGUUUAUUGUAUUUAUGCAUGUCAGUGGGACUUUCAUACAAUAAUACUUACUGCAGUUUGGCCUCUGAGUGAAACAAAUCUGCUCAUUGCAUUUUUGAGACCUU